AUGUCUAGUGUACCUUAUGAUUCCCCACUUCCUAUAACAAAUCAUCAACUAGAUUUCGAUGAAGAGGAAAAGAAAAGCAGAGGCUCAAAAUUCGGUUUGAGAUACAAAAUAAUGUACUGGAGGAGAAGACUAGCCGACUCUUUAGCGAGAAGCAAAAGACAAAUACUAUUAAUAUCCUUGAUUUUGUUUCUAUUCAUAUGGAUAAACGAUUCUACUGUCAGCAGGAACCCAUCUACCACAAGCUUCCAAGGGCAGAGUAGUAACGAUAACAGUUUGAACAAAGGUGGUUCCAGUUCUGAUUCCAAAUGGUAUCUGCCACCGUAUUCCAAGAGAUCAAGAUGGUCGUUUUGGAACCAAGAUCCCAAGAUUGUCAUCAUAUUAGCGGCAAACGAAGGCGGUGGUGUUCUGAGAUGGAAAAAUGAACAAGAGUGGGCCAUCGAGGGCAUAUCUAUAGAAAAUAAGAAGGCGUAUGCGAAAAGGCAUGGGUACGGGUUAACCAUCAAGGAUUUAACGACGUCCAAGAGAUACUCCCACGAAUAUAGAGAAGGCUGGCAGAAAGUGGAUAUCUUGAGACAAACACUUAGAGAGUUCCCCAAUGCGGAAUGGCUCUGGUGGUUGGACCUGGAUACUAUGAUCAUGGAACCCUCCAAGUCAUUAGAAGAACAUAUUUUUGAUAGGCUGGAUACUUUGGCCGAUAGAGAACUGAAAAGUUUCAACCCCUUAGACCUUACAACCGAUAUACCCUAUGUCAAUUAUGCGGAGGAUUUGGAAUUUUUAAUUACACAAGAUUGUGGUGGGUUCAACCUUGGUUCAUUUCUGAUAAAAAAUAGCGAAUGGUCCAAACUACUCUUAGACAUGUGGUGGGACCCUGUUUUGUACGAACAAAAACAUAUGGUAUGGGAGCACAGAGAACAAGAUGCAUUGGAAGCGCUGUACGAGAGCGAACCGUGGAUUCGUUCGAGAAUAGGGUUUUUGCCCUUAAGAACAAUCAAUGCAUUCCCACCGGGGGCAUGUUCGGAAUACAGUGGUGACUCAAGAUACUUUUACACUGAAAAGGAACACGAUUUUGUCGUGAAUAUGGCCGGAUGCAACUUUGGUAGAGACUGUUGGGGGGAGAUGCAAUACUAUACCACCUUAAUGGAAAAGCUGAAUAGAAAAUGGUAUACGAGGUUUUUUUUCCCAUAG